AGUCGAGUCGAGUCCUCUUCUAUUUGCGGGAACGGUCAAAUACCGCCUCUCGGAGAAUCGAAGCCCAACUGAGCGUCGGGCGUAAUGGAUCUGCUGAAGCGGGAACUGGAGAAGAAGCGGAAGGCGGCGACGGCCGACUUCGGGGGCAAGAGCUUCGUGCGGCGGUCGGAGCUGGAGCAGAAGCAACUCCAGAAGCGGCGCGACGAGCACCGCCAGCUCCUCGCCAAGGCCGGCACGUCGGCGCCCUCCGCGAAUUCCGCCGCAGCUGCUACCGGUUCCGAGGAGCGUCGCAUCGACGAGCUCGACCUCCCACGGCACGAGGUGGUGCGGCGCCUCCGUGUGCUGCGCGAGCCCGUCACGCUGUUCGGGGAGGACGACGACGCCCGCCUCGCGCGCUUCAAGCUCGUGCUCAAGUCCGGCGUCAUCGACGACAUCGACAUGACCGAGGGACAGACCAACGACUUCCUCCGCGACAUGAUCGAGAUGCGCAAGCGGCAGAAGGCCGGGAGGGACACCUACGCCAAGGGCAAGAGCAAGCGUGUUGAUGGCGGCGACUGGGGUGCUGCCGGAGGCAGUGCAGAUGAUGGGGAUGCCAAGGGGAGCGGCGAUGAUGUUGACGCAGACAAGGACUCCAAGAGGAUGAGGACCAAGUUUGAGGAGCUUUGCAAUGAAGACAAGAUCUUGGUGUUCUUUAAGAAGCUGCUUAAUGAGUGGAACCAGGAAUUGGAUGAGAUGACUGAGCUAGAGAAGCGGACAGCAAAGGGGAAGUCCAUGGUUGCAACAUUCAAGCAGUGUGCACGGUAUCUCAGCCCGCUGUUUGAGUUCUGCAGAAAGAAGGUUCUUCCUGAUGACAUCCGUCGAGCAUUGCUUGUUAUUGUGGAGUGUUGCAUGAAGCGAGAUUAUCUAGCGGCAAUGGACCAAUACAUCAAGCUGGCAAUCGGGAAUGCACCAUGGCCCAUUGGAGUGACUAUGGUUGGCAUCCACGAGCGUUCUGCCCGAGAGAAGAUCUACACAAACAGCGUCGCCCACAUCAUGAAUGACGAGACCACUCGCAAGUACCUUCAGUCAAUCAAGAGGCUGAUGACGCUUUCCCAGCGGCGUUACCCUGCACUGCCCUCAAAAUCAGUGGAGUUCAACAGCCUGGCAAAUGGGAGUGACCUGCAGGCGCUUCUAUCGGAAGAGAAUGGUUCGGCUAAAGCUUCCGAGGAAAGGCUCCGGUUCAUGCCAGCAUAUGCCUUCGUAGACUAGAUUGGAUUACAUGUAGAGCUUGAGAUGCUUGUGUAAUAUCAACAAUCAAUCCUGCCUGUUUUUUUUAUCUUUUUUCUUUUUCUGUUUGUGCAUGCUAAUUAAAUCGCUUUAUCGCGACAUCCGACCGGUCAAAGUUUUUAUUAAUAUAUCAGCCAAAUUCUGGAGAA